AUUGCCUCCGACUCUCGCCGCAUCGCCAUUUUAACGCGAAGAGAUAGCACCGACAUGCGCAUCAUCGCUGCUGUGACACUAAUUUUCUUGCCUGGGACGUUCGUUGCGACGGUAUUCUCGACAGGGUUGUUUGAUUGGACACCAAAUACUCAAAGCACGGGUGGAGACGAAGGAGGAGGUGGAGGGGGAAGUGGUGGCAGAAGUGGGAUUCUUUCAAAAUAUAUAUGGGUGUAUUUUAUGCUGACUGGAGUGUUAACGUUCGUGGUUCUGGUGGCUUGGGUGUUGUUCUCGUGGAAUCAGAAUCGGAAGAUGAUGAGGCAGUUUGGGCUCGAUCCCGAAAAAGGAGCAGAACCGGGAGAUGGU